AUGAUGAAUUCGUCACGAGAUUCUACCGCGCGACUCCGUGCCGGAUUAAAUCCCCUAUUGACGGCGUCAUUGGGCGUCUACCACGGUCACAAUUCCAACAGCACACCGCUGUCGGCCAUGUCUGUCAGUUCUCACGGCGCCUUCUCAUCUAACCAGACCCCCUUAAGCGCCAUCCAGCCCUACAACCCGCAAGAAUGGGUUUCUUCUCCGAUUGCUGGACCUGGUCCCGAACGGAUGCAGCAUGCCCAACCCACGCAACCUUUCCAGGAACCCCAAGCAUCACCUCCGCCUCCACCCCCGUACUCGCCUCCCCGCAACCGUCCGAUGAGCUUGGUGUUCGACCAGGCGCCGAUGGCCAAUGUGUCCGUUGCCAGAGCACCACCCCCACCGACUCAGAGGGUUACUCCCGAUGCCCCGGUCGCUAAUACGUCCUUCCCGCCCCCUCCUGGCGCGAGAGGUUCCUCUCGUGAGAGGCGAUUUGGGCUUCCCUCGCUGGGAAGACGGCGAGAACCGGAACAACCGAGCCCGGCCAUGGAUUCAUCCCAACAGUCGCGCCCUUUCAGUUUGAUAUCGCGUGUUAUGCCCGGCCACCAAGCGCCUUUGACGCUUCAAAUUCCACAGAGAACCGAUUCAGAGGCAAGCCAGAACAUGGCACCGGGCGCUCGACGAGCAGUCUCAACCCCCGCCGUUUCGACACCAACCUCAGCGCGAUCGCGCUCCUCGUCCCAAGUUCGGUGGGACCCUUCCAUGCCUGUCCCUCCCCCUCCCCCAGGGCCGCCGCCUUCUGCAGCCAGAUCCCAGAGUGCUCAACCGAUGCCGUCCGGGAGCGACCCGAUUGUGUCACCGCCGACCCGGAGACCGCCUCCCAGCGGGGUCACUGCACUGGGACCGGUACCUCGCACGCCGGCGAAUUGGAGCGAAGGUGAUAGCAUGCCGGUCUCCGUCCCGGGUGCGGACUCGGCCGACUUGGCAGCCACCCCGGGGGCUGAGACGUCGAGUAUGGCAAGCUCAAGCACUGGCCUACCGCUUGACUCUGGUGUAUCCUCGACGAGCUCAGGGGGUUUGACGAGAAGCCCUGCCGUCCGUGGCGAGAAGACGCUACUUGAGCGGAGGAGCGAGAGUCGGACUAGGGGAGGGAAUCACGGUUCAAUCGAGGCUUCAAAUGCGCCGCAGCCGCUAUCUGAUAUCGUGAUACCAGGGUCGUCGGGGCUACAACGGCGCCUAACUAUCGGCCGGGGUACGCCCCGGGCUGGUAGGAGCGGUGAGACUCCCAGGACGGCAGAUUCGCACGAGAGCGGACAGGAAUCAUCUAGGACACCACGCGCCGCGGGUUCAACGCAGACUCUGUCCGGACAGGUGACACCAACCAGGCCACUACAAAAUGCCCAAACGCUCCCGGAAAACCAUCAGGCGCUUGCGCCUAAAGCGCUGCCGACCCCCCCAACCGGGAGCCGGUCUUCCUCAUCGCACCGAGGGCUAGUUCACGAUAAUUCUCUUUUCACUCCCCUAUCACCUUCACAAGCAUUGACUAGACAGACAGUCAUUACUCAGAACGUCGAUCAAUUUGCUAUGGGAACCAUUGAGCGCUUCACCGCUUUCGCCCAAAAGGAGGCAUCAGCGCCGAAUGAUGUUGAGCGAGUUCGCUUGUUUGCGGAAUUCUUUGUUAGCGAAUCGCGGAUUCGGCGGGAACGCUAUGCAGCUGCUAUCGGGGCCAUGGGUUCCGAAAUUCUCGAUCUGACACGCGAUUUGUUCCGGCCAAUGCCCUCCAGGAGGGAAUCGAUUGCCUCAGCUACUAGCGGAACCGCCGAGCUAACGCCUCAGUCAUCGGAGCCAAGGUCGCACCGUGGAUCGAUGGGGUCAACAUUCGGCGGGAAUCAUGGACCGACACCCUCAACACCGGCUUCGUCUAGCCAACAGGCAUCUCCUGCGACAGGGGCCCCGCCCAAUCAGAAUUGGCAGUCAACUAACUACAUGCCAUCCUUAUCUCCUAUCCUGAGCAUGAGCGUUAGCGACGCAGUGGAUGAGGAGGAUUCACGAGGACGUCCCGCAAGCCGUUGGUGGGAAGCUGACUCCAGUGGAACCCCUUCGGCGAGGUUGGAGAGGUCAAAAAGGGAGUCGAAGUACAUGGGAGUCCCGAAAGAAGCUCGCGAGGCUCUGCAGUGGAUCGACGAGCCGCACCCUUCCCCGAGUGCAGGAUCAAGCAAGCAUGCAUCAACAGGGUAUCCGGCGGAAAAGACCGGAUGGCACGACCAAGACCCGUCGACCACACCACAGCCUCUCUCACGCAACUCGCUCGCUUCCUCGUCGACGCCGAAUACACCGAACCCGAACCACCUCGAUGUAUCACGCCUGGUGACGCUUCCUCCGCCCUACCCGCGCCAUCAUCCGGCUGUUAACAAUAACCACCCCGAGUUAGCACCGAUAAGGAGCGCAGUCCGUGCUAUUAGUGACAUGGCCGAGAUUGAAAAGAUCAAGGAACGCUUCAAGCAAGGGAGCGCCAAGCUCCGUGCCGAGGCAGCCGAGGCCGCAAAGCAGCGCCGCCAGGCGCUCCGUCAGAACCUACAGCAAGAGAUUUCUACCGGCGCCAUCGGGUACGCCGAAGCAGCUGCUAUCGAAGCAGAUGCUACUGCAGACGAGCACGCAAAGGUAAAAGAGCUCGAGAAGCAAGAUUUUGACGGCUUUCAGGAAACCGUUGUCAUGCCGGUCAACGAAAUUCUCCAAAGCCGAAUCACCAAGGCGACCGAAUUAUUCGAUUCCCUCCGCAGCCGUCUCUUUGACGAAACUCACGAAUCCAAUCCCAAUCUCCCCCAAGAAGAAGGCGACGAGCAGCCGGAACUCUUGGAGAAGUUGACACUCCUCAAGUGGAUUUUCGAGGCGCGCGAGAUGCUCCACCGCGCCCUAUACGACCUCCUCUCGGACCGCAACGACCGCUACCGGGACAUGGUGCUUGUUCCCUACCGACUGGCUAACCAGGACGACAAGGUCGCCUCGGCGCAAGCCUUCUUUGUCGAAGACGCGGGCAAAAGGGCACUGGCAUUUGCCGAAGAAGUCCUCCAUCGCACGCAGGAGUUCCGGGACGUGGUUGAGGAAACGGUGGUCCGCGGCGUCGAGGUGCAGCUCAACGCCUUCUGGGACAUUGCGCCGCCGCUAAAGCGAUUGCUGGACAAAAUCCCUGCGGGAGACCUCGACGGGUUUGCGGUGCAGAUCCCCGCAGCCGAGUUCGCCGAGAACCCGAGCUAUGUCGACCACCCGCUGCAGUACCUCUUCAGCCUGCUCCUCCAUGCCGAGAAGAGCACGUACCAGUUCAUUGAGAGCCAGACGAACCUGCUGUGCCUGUUGCACGAGGUGAAGGAGGCCUGCGUCUCGGCCAAGGCCAGAGUCAUGGAGUGUGACGGGAGAGAUGCCGCACGCGUCGCUGAGAUGAGGGCCCAGGAGGGCAAGAGGCUUACCGACGACCUCAAGGAGAAGGUCCGUGUCGUCCAGGACCAGUGGAAUAGUGCCUUGGGCGAGACGGUUAGUGGAGUCAAGCAGCGGGUCGGGGGGUGGUUGCUUGAGACUGGGGGGUGGGAUGAGAGCUUUGAGGAGGGCGGUGUUGGAGGGGUUUGA